AUGCGCCAUAUCAAUGCAGGCCCUCUGGCUAUUCAAAAGCACUUUGUUGCAUCGCGCGAUGCGGAGUGGGACUCGGUCGAAGUAGACGAAGACGCAUUAUUAGACUACCUUGAGUCCAUGUCGGGUGGCGUAGCACCGGAUCCUAUCGAAGAGGACCCAGAGGGCUGUGCGCAGGCCCGUGACAUGCCUCUGGACAGUGACACCCGGGGCGGACUAGUGCUAGACUGGCACACUUGUGAUGCGUGGCCGGAGAGGUGGGUUGAUCUCGUGGUGGUUCUUCGGUGCAAUCACGAGCUGAUCUGGAAGCGGCUCGAAAAGCGCCACUACUCUGAAAAGAAAAUUGCCGAGAACAAUGAGGCUGAGAUCAUGGGCGUCGUCGAGGACGAGGCUCGCUCUGCAUACCCACAAGAGGCCAUUAUUGUGCUUCCGAGUGAGACGUCUGAUCAGCUGGAAUCACACGCGGAACGCAUCGUGGCGUGGAUUCAUGCAUGGCGACAGCAGCGCGGUUUGGAGUCAUAA